AUGCCGGUACUCAUUAUCAACAUGCAAGCCUCUGAGAGGGUACAAAGACGCAAGCCAAGACGACUGGCCAAAAAACACAUGUUCACUGAUGAGAAAAUACAAGAAAUACGAGAUGCUUUUCACAUGUUCGACAAAAAUGGCGACGGGAUGAUCACAUCAGACGAGCUGGGUUCAGUGAUGAUCUCCCUUGGCCAGAGACCGUCGUUCCACGAGUUACGGAACUUUAUCCGGGCAGUGGACACAGACAGAAGUGGCACCAUUGACUUUGAAGAGUUUGUCGACAUCUUCGCACGGAAGGUCACAAUGGACCCAGAGGCCGAGCUCCGGGAAGUCUUCAAGGCUUUUGACGGGAACCACGACGGCUUCAUUUCACCGGAGGAACUCUUCAACGUCUUGAGGAAACUCGGGGAAAAAAUCACGCUGGCUGAGGCUCGAGAAAUGGUUAUAGAAGCCGACACAAACAAAGAUGGCAAAGUGGAUUAUUCAGAGUUUAAAGCCAUCUACUGGUCGUCCCCUAAAUCUUGACCAACACGAGCUAAGUGGUCAGUGGUCAUCAUCUUGUUCUAUACAUGUAGGGCUAUAGGCCCAGCUUGACAAUGGAUGUUUCUGUGUAUGGCACACGGCUUACGCAAGUUUUGCAGAUGUGCGCUCGGCUACUUUUGUAUACAUUUGAUUUAAACUGGUCAUUUUAAAUA